CCAUCCCUCAGUGUAUUUCAUAGUGAGCUUCAUUAAGACAAAUGAAGUGGAGGUGGUGCCAGGUGUGUGGGUGGAAGGAGAGGUCUGUAAAUGGCCUAACUACAAACCCGAUGCCAUGUUGAAGGCCAUCAAGAACUGUGAGAUGCCUAAGGAGACCUGGACAAGUUAUGACAUCAGGGUUCUUUACAAAGCAAAUAGCUUUAGUGAGGCAAGGUUGAAACUUCGCAGGGCAGAAGAUGACACAGACCUCCAGUCAGAAGCAGAGGAGGGGAGGCCAAAAAAAAGAAAAACCAAACCAAACCAGCGCUUCCUCUUGAGUCAGGAGGAGUCUGAUGAGGAGCCUGUGACGCGCAAUCCAGUCCUCCCUAAGGUCCCCUCCAUUCCACCUUUGCCGUCACUGUUGCGUGAUGCCAUUUCCUCAUCAGAUGAAAUAUCUCCUCCAGCUAGUAAACUUGCCUCUCUGCAGCCGUUUCACGCCCUUGGAACUCCUGAGCCAUCCUACCAUCUUUCCUCCCAGCCAUCUCGCCACCAUGGUACUCCUGAGCCAUCCUACCAUCUUCCCUCCCAGCCAUCUCGCCACCAUGGUACUCCUGAGCCAUCCUACCAUCUUCCCUCCCAGCCAUCUCGCCACCAUGGUACUCCUGAGCCAUCCUACCAUCUUCCCUCCCAGCCAUCUCGCCACCAUGGAACUCCUGAGCCAUCCUACCAUCUUCCCUCUCAAUCGUCUCGCCACCAUGGAACUCCUGAGCCAUCCUACCAUCUUCCCUCUCAAUCGUCUCGCCACCAUGGAACUCCUGAGCCAUCCUACCAUCUUCCCUCUCAAUCGUCUCGCCACCAUGGAACUCCUUAACCAUCCUACCAUCUUCCCUCUCAAUCGUCUCGCCACCAUGGAACUCCUGAGCCAUUCCAUCUUGCCCCUCAUGCUGCUUCUGAGAUGGACCUGCACUCUGCAUUACUACGAGAGAUCAUUGCCAAGCAGGAGGUGAUGUGUGAUAUGCAAAGAAAUCUGCUGCGGAUUGUUCAGGAUCUCUCUUCUACACCUACACCACAUGGACACCACAUGGACGGAAGUUUCCUGCCGUUGAGGGAUGCUGAGUCUCUUUUGGCGCUGGACCGCGACAUUAAGACAAACCCAGAGAAGAGAAAGGACUUGGUGCUGACACUGGGCCUUGCUGGGGGCGUAACCCUCAAGGACACUGUGUGGAGGGUCAUGAAGAUGCUUCUUAAGAAUGACUUGGCCUGCAAAAUCAAUUGGACAGGCCUCCAUGGCAAAACAUCAUUCCAGGGCCUAGAAGUCAAAAAUGUUGUUACAGAAGCCAUUCGGAGAAAUCCUGGAUGCAGAGAAUCUACGAACCAGGAGGUGGAGCAAUGGUUGAGGCGUUGGUUGUAUUUGGCUGGCGAUCGAGAGGGGGGUAGGAGGAGGAGAAGCACAGUCCUCCACCACCAGCGACCCAACAACACAUAGUCAGGCACAUCAACACAUAAUGUCAGGCACACACACAUAUGCAUUUCACUUUGGCCAUUUCUGGCCACACUUUAAAGGGUUAGUUCACC